UAUUAUCUAUUUCUCCCACAAUCUGCCACCCAAAAACGAAAAGAAAGAAAAUGAGUUCACAAUAAUGCAGUCUGGCCUGGCCUGCAUAUCAAUAACCCAUCAUCAUAUUGGCAACCACAACACUUUCUUUCUUUCUUUCUUUCAUGGCUACUUCUCUCCAUUUCUCUCUCAACAACCCCAAACUCCUCCCCUGCAGCUUUGAAGAUGGCUUAUUAUCAUUAAACAAAGUCUCUUUCUUCCCCAUAAAACCCUCUUCUUCUUCCCUUAGGUCAUCAUCUCACCAGUUUUCCCUCAAGUGUUCAACCCUUUCAAGCCUACCCCCACCGCAGCUUGAACAACAACCACCCCACCAAGAAAAUGAAGAAGAAGAAGAACGAGCACAAGAAGAAAUAGUAGAAGAAUACAUGGAAGACCAAAGGCCUCUUGAGAAAAUAUGGAAGCUAAUCCAAGGAUUGGAUCACUGGGAAGGGUUACUAGACCCCAUGAACUCUCAUCUCCGCAAAGAAAUCAUUCGCUAUGGCGAGUUCGCUCAGGCCUGCUACGACUCCUUCGACUUCGACCCCCACUCCAAAUACUGCGGCACCUGCAAAUACUCCGCCGCCGAUUUCUUCCACAAGCUCGGCAUCGCCCACCGCGGCUACGACAUCAGCCGCUACCUCUACGCCACCUCCAACAUCAACCUCCCAAACUUCUUCCAGAUGUCCACCGUGAGCAGCAUCUGGAGCCAGCACGCCAACUGGAUGGGCUACGUCGCCGUCGCCACCGACCCCGACGAGAUCCGCCGCCUCGGCCGCCGCGACAUCGUCAUCGCCUGGCGCGGCACCGUCACCUACCUCGAGUGGAUCCACGACCUCAAGAACAUCCUCCACCCCGCCCACUUCCGCGACGACCCGGACAUCAAGAUCGAGUCCGGCUUCUUCGACCUCUACACCAAGAAAGAGAAAUCCUGCAAUUUCUGCACCUAUUCUGCCCGGGAACAGGUCCUCUCGGAAGUGAACCGGUUGAUAGAGAAGUACAGAGGCGAGGAGCUUAGCAUUACGGUCACCGGGCAUAGCCUGGGAGCUUCCUUGGCUUUGCUAAGCGCUUAUGACAUAGCGGAGAUGAAAGUGAACAUUUUGCACGACGACGACGACUCCCUCACGAGAAUCCCGAUCACCGUUUUCUCCUUCGCCGGCCCCCGCGUGGGCAACUUAAGGUUUAAAGAACGGUGUGAAGAGCUCGGGAUUAGGGUCUUGCGGGUGGUGAACGUUCACGACAAGGUCCCCACGGUGCCGGGGAUCAUCGCAAACGAGAAUUUUCAGUACCAGAAACAGCUAGAGAAAACUCUGCAAUUUCCAUGGAGCUAUGCUCAUGUGGGAGUGGAGUUGGCUUUGGAUCAUACCCACUCUCCUUUCCUCAAGAAAAGUGGCGAUAUAGGGUGUGCGCAUAAUCUGGAAGCCCAUUUGCACCUCGUCGACGGGUUCCACGGCAAGGAUCAGCCGUUCAGGUCGGCGACCGGCCGGGAUGUUGCGCUUGUGAACAAGGACUCCAACUUCUUGAAGCGUGAGCUUGACGUGCCGCCUUACUGGAGGCAAGAUGAGAACAAAGGAAUGGUGAGGACUAGCGACGGGCGGUGGGUGGUGCCGGACAGGGCAAGAAUUGAGGCCCAUCCGCCGGAUACCGGCCACCACUUUGAGAAGGUGCUCAGACUUGCAAGAUCCAGAUUAGAAUUAUUUUAGAUGAUAAAUAAGUAAUUUGAAAUUUGAAAUAACAAA